GAAUCAUUUAACCAAAUCAAUCCAAUCUUACCAACUAACAUUUUUCCGCGCUUGAAGUGCCGUCGCAAAUCCACGCUCCUGGGUUCGUUGUGAACCCACAAGCAGGGUUCAUCGCAACGAACCCACGAGCUGGGUUCAUCGCGCGACGAACCCCCAGCUGGGUUCAUCGCGAAGGUAAGAAAGAAAAAAAGAAAAAAUCUCGUGGGUUCAUCGCGAAGGUAAGAAAAAAAAGAAAUAAAAAAAGAAAUAAAAGGCUGAAAGAAGGAGAGGAUGGGGGAAGAAAAUGAGGGUAUAUUGGUAAUUAAAAAUAAAAAAUUUCGCCAUGUCAUCAAGUUUUGCCAAAUGGAUUUUACACGUAAUUUAACCUUUAAAAGGGUGGUCUAGCAAUCCAGGAGACCCUAAGCCACGUCUUAUCUCCUGAAUUUGCUGGUAUACAGUAAUACAGACACGAUAAGAUAGCCACUCCUAACUUCCAACAAUGGCUACCCGCAUCAUUUCUCCGUCAUCCCUAACGCUACCGUGCGCCAAACCCAUAGACCCAGUUCGUCCCCAAGAUCGUACUCCCUCCCUUCUCUCUUUCAAACCCAACAAAUCCAAUUUCUCUCUCUGCCCACUGCUUCUCAAGAGCUGUAGAGUGAGGAGUAUAUUUCCUUAUAGGGGGCUCACCCAUGUGGCUGCAGUGGCUGCAGAUACCGAGGUAACUGAGGAUGUGGAGGCGAAGGGAGGGGAUGGUGAUGCUGCCGCAGCUACAGCCAUUACUCCGCCCAAGCCCAAGAAAGGGAAAGCUGCCUUGCCUCUUAAAAGAGACAGGACGAGGUCUAAGAGGUUCCUGGAAAUUCAAAAAUUGAGGGAAAACAAGAAAGAGUAUGAUCCAAAGACAGCAAUAUCUUUGCUAAAGCAAAUGGCAAAUGCUAGAUUUGUUGAGUCUAUGGAAGCACAUUUUCGUCUUAACAUUGAUCCCAAGUAUAAUGAUCAACAGCUAAGAGCAACAGUGAUUUUGCCCAAGGGAACUGGGCAAACUGUUAAGGUGGCUGUGCUUGCUCAAGGUGAAAAGGUUGAGGAAGCAAAAAAUGCUGGAGCAGACAUUGUUGGUGGUGAGGAUUUGAUUGAACAGAUAAAAGGAGGAUUCAUGGAAUUUGACAAGUUAAUUGCUUCCCCCGAUAUGAUGGUUAAGGUGGCAAGCCUAGGAAGGAUUCUAGGACCACGAGGGCUCAUGCCAAAUCCAAAAGCCGGCACUGUUACACCAAACAUUGCUCAGGCUGUAGAAGAAUUCAAAAAGGGGAAAGUUGAAUACAGAGCUGAUAAAACUGGGAUUGUUCACAUACCUUUUGGGAAAGUUGAUUUCCCUGAAGAAGACCUGCUUGCCAACUUCCUUGCUACUGUGAAAUCAAUUGAGGCUAACAAGCCAAAAGGUGCAAAAGGAGUUUACUGGAAAAGUGCACACACGUGCACGUCAAUGGGGCCUUCCAUUCGCUUAAACUUGAAGGAGAUGCUAGAUUACAAGCUUCCAGUAAAUGAUUGACUGACGAAUAUGGCUAACACCUGUGUUUGUCUCAAACUUUUCAAUCAACCCUUUUAGGUUCUCUGCCCGGAGCUUCCACACAGUUUCUUGAAUGUUGUGAGAUUGUAAGGGAACAAGGCACAGUCAUAGUUAGACUGAGAUUCAGCAAAAUAAUGCAUGUUGGAUAUCAAUUUGUACAAAGUCUCGAACAAGGAUGUAUUGUCAAAUUAUGACCAAUGUUAUCAAUUUUAUUACCAUAUUUCUUAAAUUCUCACCUGCGUGAUGUUUGAUUG